UUAAUGGACCAAUUUGUGACAACUUGACAUAUGCUGCGUUCUCGAUCCAACUGAUCGGAUCCUUUAUAAAAAUGUUCCAAAUUACCAAUGGACUAUUUGAACAGCUGAUUGUCAAGUUUUGUUUACAUGUUCCCAGACCAUUUUAAUUAAAAAAAGAAAAAUUAAAAAAAAAAUCCAACAGGGUUAUUUUCCCAAAUAGUUCUAGACUAGCAGCUGACUUGAAUACUGACAUGACCGAAUCCACUGGUUUUGAAUUGUUGGACCAGUACAGGAGCAUUACGAGUAAACUCAAAAAGCGUUUCUUAAGAAAACCAAAUGAAACAGAGGCGUCCGAAUCGUUCGCCGCAUUAGGGCAACAAUGUGAAUCUCAAGAACUUCCUCAAUAUGCAGCUCUAAGCUGGUUAGCAGCUGCUAGAUGUGAAGGAACUUUGGGUAACCCUGUCAGUGAAACUGCUUACCUUUUACGAGCUGCAAGGCAAUUUUUUAAGGCUGAACAAGAAGAUUUUCUGACCGGAUGUACCUGUGUAUCCACAGAGAAUCUUGAGGCAGGUAUAUCUUGUUACCAUCAUGCAUCUCAAAGGUAUGUAGAUGAUAAUUCGAUACCAGUGGGCUUAGAUCUGGAAAUAGUUAAUUUUUUACAAAGAAUUGGAAGGACUGAAUCUGUGAGAUUGCAUCUAAAUAGUGCUAUGGAAUUAUCAAAAGAGAGACCCAAUAGUUAUUUAUAUUGCCUAUGCUUACUAGGAUCACAUUUUUUGAAAAAUGGUAUAUUAUUUAUUAAGAUGAACGAACCAAGUUCCAGAACAAAAAAAAAUUUGGCUUUAACAACCGAAUUAAACAAACAGCUUAAAGAGCAAAAGGAAGUUUAUCGAUCUUUAACAAGUUGCUCAAAAACAAAUCGUAGUGAGACUGAGGCAAAUGAUCCGGAUUAUCAUGUUUCUAGUUCAGAUAUGGAAUCAAGUGAAUCGGACGAAAAUAUGUUGAAAAGCCCAACAAAUAAAAUUUUUGCAGAGAAAGAUGAUGGUAAUGAGACGAUUGAGGAAUCAGUAAAAUUUAUCGUGGAAAAGCUACUAACUCACGUCGAUGAACAUUUUACGACACGCGGGACAAAAAGGAAGAGAAGAAAAUAUAAGAUCCCACUUAGAGAAAGGAAUCUUCUUAAAUUGGAAAAUUUUAAAAAUAAGCAUCGCGUCAAACAACCUUGUUCUGCUGUAUGCAAAAAAAAAUGUAUUAGUAAAAUUUCAGAUGAAAGGCGAGUACAAAUUAACCAAGAGUUUUGGGCAAUGACACCACAAGAACGAAAAAACUAUAUGUACUCUAAAACAAAAAAAGUACCUGUAAAAAGACGUACUGCUGGUUUAAAUUCACGCAGAAACUUUACUGUGACUUAUGUUUAUCCAGAUGAUGGGGGUAUUGACCAAGAAGUUUGCAAAACUUUCUUUUUAGCAACUAUGGGUUUCAACAACAAAGUGGAUAAAUGUUUACGUACUGUGCUUAAAAAUACUCCUAAUGGUUCUUUGCAAGCAACUUCGGAUCGUCGUGGCAGUCAUUCACCUACAAACAAAAUAGACAGAACGUCCAUUAUAAAUCAUAUUAAUUCCUUUGAGCCUUCCAUAUCACACUAUCGCAGGGUGCAUGCUCCCAACGGAAAAUAUUUACCUACAGAUCUCAAUAUUCAGAUGAUGUACAAUGAUUUUAAAAUAAAAGAACCAAAUAUUGUAUGUUCCUACAAGUUAUAUAGAAAAACACUACAAUCAAUGAAUAUAUCUUUUGUGAAGUUGGGACACGAAGAAUGUUUUGUUUGUGAGAAGUAUUUCUUGCAUGAAAAAGACUCACAACAUAAGAGGGAUGAACCUGAACCUAAUUGUUCUGUUUGCAAAGAAUAUACGAUUCAUAAGAAAAAAGCUACAGAGUCACGAAAAUGAUAAGAAUGAUACUAGUGGAACAGCCAUAUAUUCUGCUGAUUUGCAAAAGGUAUAUAAAGUUUGAUAUCUAAAAAAAUUGUUAAUUAAGUUAACUUUUGUAUUUUAAGUAAUCAUGCUUCCAAGAUAUGAAUCCUUGAAGGAAGUAAUAUUUACGGGGAGAAUCAUAGCAUUCAAUGAAUCUUUUGUACCAGUGGGGACUAAGCAAAAGAACAGGAAGCCCGUAUACAGUUAUUUGGCAUGAAGGUGUGGCCGGACGCUCAAAAAGUGAUAUCAUUAGCAUAUUUUAUUCAUUUUUUUACGACAUAGGGAUGACAAACAUAUAAUUUUGUGGCUUGAUAAUUGCUCAGCACAAAAUAAAAAUUGGGCACUUUUAUCAUUUUUUGUCAGCAUAGUAAAUUCAGAUGUAAUUAGCCUUGAAAAACUGGAAAUUAAAUAUUUUGAGCCCGCCCACACUUUCAUGUCGGCGGAUUCAUUCCAACACCAGGUUGAGAUGUCCCUUAAAAAAAAAGGAAAAGUUUAUGAUUUUCCUGAUUUUGAAGACUGUGUACAAAAUGCAAACAGUGGUAAACUUUUGGUAAUAAAUAUGCAACAUAAUAAUUUCUACAAUUGGUUAGACCACAGCUCUCAAUAUAAAAUUAAAAAUAUUAAACCAAGUCGACCAUACCUAAAUAAAAUGGUGCACAUCCAGUUUUCACGAGGGGAGUUUACUUUGACUUACAAAUAUAGCUUUUGUGACGAUUUUGUCGAGUUAAAUUUUCUAAACGCCAAAGUGCAAAAAAAAAGGAUUUCCAGAGAAAUAGGCUUGCGUUUUGGGAAAAGUUACCGGUUCUUUCUGAAGAAUCUGAAAUGGUAGAAGAAGACGAAGACAUAUGAGUUUUUUUGUUGAAUCAUUUGGAAUCUUGUAAGUUUUUUUUGAAUUUGAGGCAAUAAAACUGUAUUUUAA